AUGAAGGAUCAAAAAUCAGCAGGGUAUAACGGUAUUAUUGCAGAAAACAUUAAAUAUGGAGGGGAGCUGCUGAAAAAACACAUAUAUGGAUUAAUCCUAAGAAUAUGGAGCGACGAAGAAAUGCCCAGGGAUUGGGAACUAGCACUUAUUACCCCAUUACUUGUCAGUCAUCCCCAGUCCAAUGGCUCGAUUGAGCGAUUUCACGCCACUUUAUUGGAAAUGAUCAGAUCCCAUGUAUCCGAAAAUCCCGACGAAUAUCCCUUCAAUAUUCUUCCCUAUGCUGUUCAGUGCUACAAUAGCACUAGAAAUAAAACUACUGGCUUUACACCAUACGAGCUCGUGUUUGGCCACACCUCUGGUCGUCCGCCCGAACACGUAUAUUUAGAAAAAGAAUUGAUGUCCAAAAACGAAAUUCCAUCGUUGCUUAUUUUGACUAGGUCAUCGUUCUCUGUGCAAGCCACUAGAAAAUCGAAUUUGUUGCAUAUGACUUGCUUCAAUCCCCAGGGUAAAGGGAUCGUCCAGUCGCAGACCCAUGUGUCUGACUUUUUGUAA